AUGCCCACCGCAACACUCCCUACAAUCACCACCGAUCAAAUUGAUGAUCUCCUCUACCUAGCCCGCCUCGGCGAGACCACAGACCUGACGGCGGGGGUCAAUCUUUUCGCCAAGAGCCUCUCCGCUACUCCCGGCAUAAUUCUCACAGCAGCAAUUGACAAGGACAGCGGCAAUGGCUUACUGCAUAUGGCCGCUGCGAAUGGGCAUACAGGUCUAACUCGCUCAACGAUUGGCGUGCGCUGUGGUCACAAUGUUGACGAGGGUUUAGAUACGUUGAAAGAACUCCUCACUCUCUCCGCCUCCAACCACGCCCUUUCACUCAAUCUACAGAACGCAUCGGGCAAUACGCCAUUGCACUGGGCGGCUCUCAAUGGCCACUUGCCCGCCGUCAAGCUACUCAUAGAAGCUGGCGCGGAUCCGACGGUCAUAAACAAGGCUGGGAAAGAUGCGGUGUACGAAGCCGAGGCCAAUGAGAAGAAUGAGGUUGCUUCCUGGUUGCUCACAGAGGGAAAGGGGCUGGAGAGUGCAGUUGGCGGCAGUCUGGAUCACAUUGCACCGGGAGUAGGGGGAGAAGGCGAUGCGGAAGGGCAGCUUGAGGAGGUGAUGAAGGAGGGGGGGACGGAACAGCAGCCUUGA